GUCAACCCGGGCUCUCUGGUGACUGCGUUACGUUAUGUAGAACAAAUGGACUGUAUGUUAGAAGUCUAGUUAAUUCUUUGCUCUCCAUUAAGUCUUUCUGAUAGAAUUUAUCGGUAAAACAACACAAGUUUCGCUUCAUAUGCUUACAUGGGAUUAAGUAGUGACCAUUAUAACCACCAAUACAAAUAAAUGCUCAAGUUAGACGAUCAUAUGACUCAUGAGUUAAAAGACACAUUUCAAGAUGUAUCUGCAUCUAAUAUUGAAAACCGAAACUCCGCCAGUCAUUCUCGUCAAAAUCUUGCCGGUGGAUCCGGAGUUUUUGCAAAUUUCUUCGAAGAAAUGGCCGAACCACUCUCUUACCAAUCUUCAAAUCUCAUUGAGGGAAGACAGAGUACUAUAUCUACGCAGGACUGUAAAAUCCAAACACAGAGUAACGAGGUGAAGGAGGGCAGUUCUCCUAUGCUGCGUGAUGAGAUUAGUCCUAUGGAAGCUUUCUACGGUGAUAAUGCAGAUGACGACCUGAAAAUUCUUGAACGAUAUCGUCUGCUCGUUAAUUCUUAUUCCGAUUCUAAACCAUGCCAAGAUGAUGAAUCCCAGCUGAUGCAGUUAUCUCAUGGUGAUACACUAAAACGUGGUGGACUACCACAUGGCGUAACAGAAUACAAUCCAACUGAUUUAAGUAGCCAGUUGUGUAUGUCAUACAUACAUAGAAGUAAACCACCUAAAGUAUUGGCCAAUCGUUUUCUUCUUGGUUCUACAAUUGGGCGAGGAAGUUAUGGGAAGGUCAAAGAUUCUAUUGAUCUGUUUACACUUCGACGUCAUGCUGUAAAAAUUAUUAGUAAACUAGGUGUACGAAAAAUUCCCGGUGGUUGGAGUCAAGCAUUACAUGAAGCUAGUCUAAUGAGAAGAUUAUCUGCUUGUCGACAUGUGGUUUCAUUAGUUGUUGUAUUACGGCUAGAAAAUCCAGAUAGAUUAUGUUUAGUUAUGGAACAUUGUCUUGGAUCAGUACAUGAUUUACAAGCUUCCGGUGUACCAUCUCAUACAGCUUUAAGUUCAGAAAAUGAAUUUGAAUUAGAUGAAUUCAAUGCAAAAUCAUCCUCUCCACGAUUAUCAUAUUUUAAACAUCAACAUGGACAAUCAUCAGAUGCUGUAUUAAAUGAAGACAUUUCAAAAGAUAAAAGAAAAAAUGUUGAUUCUUCUGAAAAGUUUAACAAAUCUCGUCGAUUUCAUCCUAGAUUAUCAAUGGGAUCUACACAGAUCAAUCAAGAAACAGAUACAAAAUUCGAUAAAUCAAAAAGUCGUAAAACAUCAUCCAUAGAACAAUCAACAAGGAAAUGUACAUCCUCUCAACAACAACAACAACAGUUUCGUCGACUUCCUGAAGCACAAGCUCAUGCCUACUUUUUACAGUUAAUAGACGGUUUACAUUUUCUUCAUCGUAACGGUGUUAUACAUCGCGAUAUUAAACCAGCUAAUUUAUUGUUAACACCUGCACCAGGCUGUGGUUUAAGUGGUUUUGGAAGUCCAAAUGGUACCAUGGAUUUACCAGAUCAUAAUUGGUUAUGCAGUACGGGUAGUCAAUCAGCGUUUUGUCAACGUUCAUUGGCUAAUUUAUUGGCAUUAUCACGUGGUUGGUUGGUGAAGUUAACUGAUUUCGGCGUAUCAGCAUCAAUUUCAGCAUUUAGCACAAAUGAUAUGGUUAGCGGUGGUCAAACUACACCAGCUGUACAACCUCCAGAAGUAGCCAAAGGUGUACAAUCAAUAUUUGAUGGUACUAAAUUAGAUGUAUACAGUGCCGGUGUAACACUUUAUUUCAUGCUUACUGGUCAUGUACCAUUUUCAUGUCAAAAUGUACUACAAAUAUUUGAAGCAAUUGUUAAAGGAGAUUAUACAAUACCAGGAUAUGUAUCAACCAAUGCAUCAGAUUUGAUUCGAAAAAUGAUGCAGAAAGAUCCUAAAAAACGUUUAACUUUAUUACAAAUUCGUCAACAAACUUGGUAUAUUCAAGAUCCACCAACACCAAUGUCUGUAGAAAAGAUUAAAAUGAAAUUACGCAAUGAAUUAUUACAUACUCAACAAUUGUCUAAUAAUGAAUCACCGACACAUACAUUAAUUAAUUAUCAUAAACGACAACAACAACAACAACGUGGUAUAAUCUGUUGGCUUGAUCCAUUAAUUUAUCUACGUCGAUGUCAUUCUGAAUAUCCUCUACCACAUAUUGAUGAUACUGGAGCUAGAAUAUUUAAUAUGGAUGAAAUUUUCAAUAAUUCAUCGAAUCAAACAUUUACUAAUAGUAAUGAUAACGAUAUACAAACAUCUUUAUCAAAUAUGAUUAUCAGUGAUAAGGAUGAACAUUUGUUUAAUAAUCAUGAUGGUAUUGCACCAAUUUCAGUGAUUGAUCGUUUAAAGGUAUUUCAUGAUUUGGAUGACUAUGAAGAGUAUAGUAGACCAGAAGAUAUGUCUAGUUUUUACUAUUCACCUGAAGCUUGUUUACAAUAUUCCAAUGUUGAAAAACAGCUGGCCAAUUUAGGUAUUGGUUCACGAAUGGAAUCUGAUCCAACAAUCACAAAUUACCCAUGUAUAUAUAACAAUCUUUCAAUGAAUUAUUUACACUCUGCUAGUCCUAUUCAUCUAGCAGAUGAAACUAGUUGUCCGUCUGGAAAGAUUUGUCAUCCGAUUGACAAUGUUCCUGAUAAUAUUGAUGAUAAUAAUAAUGAUCAGUCACAUUGUUACUUUUUAUCAUCAGAUGAACAACAACUAACUACUCAUCAAUCUAAACGAGAAAAAUCUAUAAAAAGUAAUAUGACACCACAACCAUAUUGGGGUCUAGAUCUUGGUGUUCCAGUGUAUGAAGCUUUACAACCUAUCAAUAAUAUGAAUGAUAUAUCGGAACCUCCAGCUUGUCCAGCAGAUUUACCAAUUUCUAUUCCUACUACUUACAGACUAUCUAAAUUUGCAAUAAAUCCAAAUGUAACAAAUCGAACUGGUAGCCUACCAGGUCCCAUAGCAUUCAUUCCAUCUGAUUUAAAUGUACCUCGACAAAUGCAGAACAGUGUCAAUAUAAAUGAUGAUGAUGAUGAUAAUAAUAAUAAUAAUAAUAACAAUAAUAGUAAUGAUACAUUAAAUCAAAAAACUUGGCAUUAUGGUUUAAGACCUAUUAGUAGUAUACCAAAAGAUUUUCCUAAUUUCACUUGUUCAAAACAACAACAACAACAAAAAUCUACCAAUAUCAUUGUUAUUGAUCCUGAUCAAAUAUCUAAUGAUUUAAAUACAGAUUUUGAUCAAACUUCUAUUAAUUCAACAUUAAAUAGACAAGAACCAUUUGUCAAAAGAGAUUAUCAUUCAACUAAUAAUAAUAAUAAUAAUUUGAAUAGAUUAAAUCAAUGGUUUUUCAAUCCAUUCAAUUCAUUUCGUAAUCGAAUAAAAAGUAUACGAUUUAAAAAAGAUGCUUCAAAUAAUACUCAAACUGCCACUACUACUAAUACUACUACUACUACUAAUAAUAAUAAUAAUAAUAAUAGUAGUAAUAAUAAUAAUAAUUGUUAUUCACCAGUUGUUUCAACAACCACUUCUAGUUCUUCAUCUUCUAAUACUGUUUAUUAUAGAAAUGUGAAUAGUGCUACAGAAUUAACUUCAACUAUUGAAGUAACAUCAUCAUUACCUAAAAUUCAAAUAGAUGAUGUAUCUAUUAAAUCUACUGGAACUUUACCAAGAGCACGUAAUCGAUUAAAACCUUGUUCACGUAUAUUUUCACGAAAGAAAGUUACAGGAAGAAAAUAAUAAUAAUUAUUAUUAUUAUCGUUAAUGAUAUUGUUGCAUUACUAUUGCCGUUGACAUUGUUGUCGUCGUCAUUAUCACCGUCUGUUUAUGUAUGUAUUUAUGCAUGGAAUGUAUGUAUGUAUUUUUACAUGUAUAUCAAUUUCUUCAUAUGCAGAGUUGGAUAGAAGCGAUACAAGAUCUCGUUUUUCACACACACACACACACACACUAUAUAUAUAUAUAUAUAUAUAUAUAUAUAUAUAUAUAUAUAUAUAUAUAUAUAUAUAUAUAUUCAAUGAAUAAUUGUAUUUGUCGUUAGUGUUGUUGAUAUUGUCGGUUUAUCGAUUUCCUGCUCAUAAGAUUUUUCUUUGAUUCUUCUCCUCUAUUGUCAAUACCAAUCAUAAUGAUGAUGAUGAUGAUGAUGACUUGAUUACACAUUGUUGUUUUUUUUUAUUUUAUAGUACAUAUAGAACUCAAUAAUGCUAUUUAUUUGAUCAUUUUUUUUUGUAAAAUUUAUUUUGUACAAUGUAUUCACCAUUCUGGCUCUCUAUUAUUAUGUUUUAGUAUACGGAAUAAUGAAGAUGACAAUGUUUAAUGUCCCAAUAGUUAGCCUUAUGUUUGUUUGUUUGGUGACUUUUUUUUUAUUCACUGCGUUUGCUCACUGAUGUGUUCAAUAAUUUGUGUAUGCUAGAGGUUGUUUCUCUUCAUCACCAUCAUGUUUAUUUCAUUUUCAUGCUCUUCUUCGUUAUAUUCCUCUUUUCCUCAUCUACUCACUCACUCACUCACUCUUUCUUUCUUUCUCUUAGAUUCUUUUUGCAAAAUUUUAAGUUACCGCUGUCGGUAUAGAAUUGUGUUUUUGUUGUACCCCUUACACACUCACACAAAACUUGUCUCAUUUGUAAAUAGUAUGUAAAUUUUAAUUGCACACACAUAUAAAGAUGAUAGUUGUGUAUUUAUGCCGAGCAUUUUUUUUAAAUCAAAACUUUUCAUAUUAUCUCUAAUGCUUUUACAAUUUCUCUCAAUUUCUGCUUCCCUUUUAUCCUUAAUCAUCAGUUGUCUUAUAGAACUGAAAAGAUAAGUUUCUCGGCUUAAUUUAAUUCCUUUAUUCAUUUCAGCAUGCAACUUUGUUAGUAAUUACGAUUAUUAUUAUUAUUUCGUAAUGUUCCAUAGUGUGUGCGUGUGUGUUUACACGCGCAACUUUAUGGUCAUGUGUAUACCCUGCACACCUAGAUUGUUCCAGUGCUUGCACGCAAAUAAACUCACAUUCACACGCACAUCACCUAUCCAAAAUGCCUAUAUGUAUUUUUUAUUGUUUAAUGUCCUGUAUUACUUAUGAGUAGUAUGAUUUGAGUGAAAACAAUUCCUGAGUACUUUGUUUUCAGUUUGAAAAUUCAUGCUUAUAUGAAUAGUGCAUUACUAGGCUUAUUAUAUAUGUAGUCAGUGUAAUUGCAACGUUCUUUUGCAAUGAUUCGUUUUUUUGCGUUGUUAGGUUUUUAAGCUUGGCGACUGAAUAGUAUAUCACUCUGAACAACACCAUCAAAUGCUCAGUUGAUAUGGCAAUGAGUUGUUUAGUUAUUCCACAUACAUUAAUGUAGUUUCUCCCAAUGGUUUUCUUUAUAAAUGGUUGUGCUUUUAGGUACUCUUAUCCUCAUUUUUCCUCGUAUUCCUGUUGAUUGUCGUGUUCAACUGACCUCUAACCAUGUGACUGAUUGACCUAUUUCGUCAGAGUUGUUAAAAUAAAUCGGUCUACCUAUUGAUUACCGAUAGAUGAGAAUCUUACGCUUUUACAAAUUCCCUAGCAUUUUCAACGUUCUCUCAAUCUAGAGUUUCGAUGUAUUUCUGUUUAAUUGUAAACAACAUAGGAAUAGUUUAUAAUGUCUUAAUCUUUUUUUUUCAUCACGGAAUCAAUUGAAUUUAUUCA